AUGGGUACUAGUUGGACGUCACAAAAACCUGUUCCGGACGUCGAUCUUACUCAGAAGACCGUAAUUGUCACUGGGGCAAACACAGGAAUCGGAUAUGAGACGGCAAAAACAUUAGCCCAGCUGGGGGCAAAGGUCAUUGUGGCUUGUCGUUCCGAAGCCAAGGCAAAUGAAGCAAUGGAGAGAAUGAAAAUGGAACACAGCGAGGAGAAAGCUGAUGACAAGAAGUCAAAGGUCGAAAUCAAGGCCAAUGACCUUGAUGUCGAGUUCAUGACCCUUGACCUUUCGUCAAUCGCCAGCACGAUGAGCUUCGUAGAGGAGUUCAAAGCCAAAGGGCUCCCGCUUCACAUCCUAGUGUGCAACGCCGGCAUGGCCUACGGAGGGGAAGUCAAAACAGCUGACGGUUUUGAGCUCCACUUCCAGGUCAAUUACCUGUCGCACUUCCUUCUAACUCUCCAUUUACUUCCGGUGUUAAAAGCUUCCAGGGGCAAUGCCAAGAUCAUAUUGGUUUCGUCUAUGGCUUAUCGCGGUGCUGGUUGGCACGAAGACAAUAUGCAAUCGAUCAACAAAGGCCAACUGUCCAAAUAUGGAAGCACCAAGCUCUAUCAGAUUAUGGAGAUGUUUACAUUAGCAGAGAAGCUGGAUGGAUUUGGAAUCGGCGUGUUUUCUCUGCACCCUGGUUUUGUCGAUACAGAUAUCGUUAAGAGGGAGAACCAACAGGUAUCUGGUUCCAUGAAGUUUUUUGUGGGCAUGCUAAACUCAAUGGGAGCAAUGCAGAUACAGUUUUUUGCGUAA